AUGGCGCCGCCAAAGCUUGCGAUGAGGAACCAGGCAGUGCAGGCUGUCGGCGAGAAAUACUUCCAGGUGGCCCUGGUGGACAUCGGGUGGAAAAGCUUUGUGAUCGACAAGGCCUACUCUACGGAGGGGUGCCUCGACGGAUGGGAGGGGACAAAAGACAUCGGAAGUCCUUUCGGAGACGGCAUUUACAGGAAAAAGUCGGCGGUGUACGGUAACGGAGCCACUGGGGCGGCCGAUGCGUCCGUGGGGCUGUUCGUGGUGUCGGCGUUCAUCGCCAUCAUCAUGUUCAAGACGGUCAAGAUGUCCUACACUGGACCUGGAUCUAUUUACAGCAUUGGGCUCCACAACAUCGCCGUGAUGUGCUUGCUGCUUUCUGUGGCAUCGGGCAUCUCGAUCGCGGCCUUCUGGGGUAGGAUCCAGGGGAAGCUGGGUGACAUGGAAAGCUCUCUCGCAGCUACCUUGUUCAUGGCAACCCUGGACGUGUGCGAAGACGACUGGGACACUGUGGGGUUCCCGGUAGGCGAAGGCGAAAGCGAAGAGAUUUUCUGCCAAGCGAAGCCGUGGAAUUUCGAAGUCCCUCUCUACGCUGGCUGGACCGCCAUCGCGCACGUGGCGGUGAUGUUCCUUACCUCGGUGUGGAUCCUAACCAAAUCCGGCCUGGUGGAAGGGAUACUGGACGGCUCGAAGCUCGUUGGCGGCAAGGCAGUAACGCCCCGCGUGGUAGAGUACGAGCAGGCCGUGGGUAGGGCACUAGCCACAACCGAGGAUCCGGACUACGACGUCUCUGACAACAAGCUCUACACGGGGGAGGCGAACAUCAUGAUCAGGCCCUACCCUCUCCCGGGAAGUGUCAAGAAGGUCGCUAAGGCUGCGGAGGCCCUCGUUUCCCCUCUGAGGAAAAUGCAGGGGGGAUCUCCUAAGCACACCAAGGACAACACUUUGCGAACUGGAGAGAGAGCUGGAGUCAGGCCCAAGAUUGCCCUCGGCGGGGACAUCGAGGGACAAGCGACGGGCGGACACAACUUGUCCUCACCCGGCCCCGUGCAGUCCAUCCCCCGCGCCACGGGGGCCCCUGGGUCUAAGGCCGCUACCAAAGCGGCCAAGAAGGCAGCCAAGAAGGCGGCUAAGAAGGGCGCCCUGCCCGGGAAGCCGGGCGGCGGAGGAGGAAGAAGCGCUUCGGCUUCGGAGGAGGAGGUGUCCCCGGCCAUCCGCUCGUCGAUCGGCAAGGGCCACGGGAAGACCAGGUCCGAAAUCGACUGGGGCCGCAUCAUGGAUGCCGGCGACAACGACGGCACGGCCAAGCAAUACGACGACGGUGACGAAGACGAUGAUUCCCCGCACCUGUCAUCGGUCAUGCUGGGCGACCUGGACAUGAUGUUUCACGGCCCCUCCGUGAAGGACGGCCUUACCCUUGGAGCCAUCACCGAAGACCCACGCGAGGACAUGGUCUCCGAGUUCACGAUGACCCCUAAGACGAGGGGGUCCGCCACUCACUUCGAGGUCUGA